AUGAUAAUAGUUUCAGUAUAUUUGGUAAUUUAUCUUGACAGAUUUAUGAUAAUAGUUUCAGUAUAUUUGGUAAUAUAUCUUAAUAGAUUUAUGAUAAUAGUUUCAGUAUAUUUGGUAAUUUAUCUUGACAGAUUUAUGAUUAUAGUUUCAGUAUAUUUGGUAAUUUAUCUUGAUAGAUUUAUGAUUAUAGUUUCAGUAUAUUUGGUAAUAUAUCUUGACAGAUUUAUGAUAAUAGUUUCAGUAUAUUUGGUAAUUUAUCUUGACAGAUUUAUGAUAAUAGUUUCAGUAUAUUUGGUAAUAUAUCUUGACAGAUUUAUGAUAAUAGUUUCAGUAUAUUUGGUAAUAUAUCUUGACAGAUUUAUGAUAAUAGUUUCAGUAUAUUUGGUAAUUUAUCUUGACAGAUUUAUGAUAAUAGUUUCAGUAUAUUUGGUAAUAUAUCUU